AUGGCACCACCUCAGAUCGAGAACAACAAAUCCCCGGGAGACCCGGUGCCAACCCUCGCAGAAGGUCAACCUCUUCGAAACCCUGCAGCGACCCUCCAGAUCAGGUCUCGCUUUGGUGGUGGAGGACUUGGGUUGUUGGAAGACACUGCGCUCAUCGAGACCUUGGCCCACUUCCCUAGAGAGCGAAUUCCGGAGCGUGUUGUUCAUGCCAAAGCCGCCGGAGCCUAUGGCGAAUUUGAAGUCACCCACGAUAUUUCAGACCUCACCGAUGCAGACUUUCUCACGGGAGUCGGAAAGAAGACGCCGUGCCUUGCGCGCAUAUCCACCGUCGCUGGGGAGAAGGGUGCCGCCGACACCGUCCGCGAUAUUCGAGGAUGGGCCCUGAAGCUGUUCACUCAAGAGGGCAACCAAGACUUUGUCUUCAACGACUUGCCGGUCUUCUUCAUCCGUGAUCCGAUCAAGUUUCCGUCUCUCAACAGAUCUCACAAGCGUGACCCUCAAACCAACAUCCCAAACCCCAACCGUUUCUGGGACUUUCACAACCACAACCAGGAAGGCAUCCACUGCUUGAUGCAGCUGUUCGGUGCACGUGGUGUUCCAGAGUCUGUCCGCAACAUCAACGGAUAUGGCAACCACACUUACAAGAUUGGAAAGGCAGACGGAUCGUUCAAAUACAUCAAGUUCCACUUCAAGCCCGACGCAGGUGUCAAGAACAUGCCAGCUGCCAGAGCUGCAAAGCUCGCAGGUAGCGACCCAGACUACCACACCCGUGACCUGUUUGAGGCUAUUGAAAGAGGCGAGUUCCCAGCGUGGACACUCAACUUUCAAAUCAUGGACCCAAAGGAGGCAGAGACUUACCGCUGGAAUAUCUUUGACAUGACCAAGAUCUGGCCUCACUCCGACUACCCUCUCAGACCUGUCGGCAAGUUGACAUUGAACCAGAACCCUCUCAACUACUUCCAAGACAUUGAGCAGGCCGCCUUUUCUCCUUCGAACAUGGUCCCUGGAUUUGCCCCGUCUGCUGAUAUCAUGCUCCAAGCCCGCAUGUUCUCCUACCCGGAUGCAGCCCGCUACCGGCUCGGACCAAACUACCAACAGCUUCCACCAAACACACCUCUGAGCCGCGUCUACGCUCCAUACCAGCGCGACGGCCCCGGAUCCGUCAACGGAAACUACGGCUCCGACCCCGAUUACGUCCGCUCGCAGUUCAAACCGCUAGGAAAGGCCAGAUAUCAACGCGACAUCGCUCACGACGAAUGGGUCGGCAAAGCGGUCGAGUACUCGUCCGAGGUCGAAGAAGCCGACUUUGAGCAAGCACGCAUGCUGUGGGAACUGAUGGGCAAGAAGAAGGAACAGGGCAUCUUGAUCGACAACUUGGUGGGCCACAUGGGCAAGUGCCAGGCUGAUAUCAAGAAAGACGCCAUUAGAUGUUUUGCGCGCGUCGACAAGAGCUUGGGUGACGAGUUGGCGAAGAGGAUGGAGGUCACGAUAUAG